AAACGCCUAGGCAUGCAGACAGCUUCUACAAACAAUUGUGAGAGAAUGGGUCACUCUCAGGAGCUCAGUGAAUUCAAGCGUGGUACCGUGAUAGGUUUCCACCUGUGCAAUAAGUCCAUCCGUGAAAUUUCCUUGCUACUAAAUAUUCCACGGUCAACUGUUAGUGGCUUUAUAACAAAGUGGAAGCAACUGGGAACAACAGAAACUCAGCCACGAAGUGGUAGGCCACGUAAAAUGACAGAGUGGGGUCAGCGCAGGAUGAAGUGCGCAGUGCGCAGCAGUUGCCAACUGUCUGCAAAGUCAAUAGCGGAAGAACUCCAAACUUUACAUGGCCUUCAGAUUAGCACAACAACAGUGCGUAAAGAGCUUCAUGGAAUGGGUUUCCAUGGCCGAGCAGCUGCAUCCAAGCCUUACAUCACCAAGUGCAAUGCAAAGCGUCGGAUGCAGUGGUGUAAAGCACCCCACCACUAGACUCUAGAGCAUUCCAAUGCCUGACUGCAUUGUGCCAAGUGUAAAGUUU